UUUCCUUUUACUUUCCCUCUCAUCUCAUUCCUUCCUCCUCCCCCAUAACCACCACCAUUUUCCUCGUGAUUUUCUCUCUCCUCCACCUCCAUUAAAACAACAACUCCAUGUUCUCAUGAUUUCUUCCGCUUCUCAACAAUUCUUUCAAUUCAUUAAAUAUGCGGUCGCCGCAGUCUCGCAACGGCGGCGACACCUUAUCUCCUCCUCCACCACCGCCGCGUAACAACAACUUUCCUCCUUCGCCGCACGAUAUCCGAUUCCACUCGACUCUCUCCGUUCACAAACUGAAAAGAUUUAACUCGCUUAUACUCGUCUUCCGUAUAGCUACCUUCGUGUUUUGUCUUUCCUCCUUCGUCUUCAUGCUCACUAACUCCCGCUCUUCUCCUCCGCACUGGUUCGAUUUUGACUCAUUUAGGUUUGUGUUGGCGGCGAAUGGAAUAGUGUCGGUGUAUUCAUUGGUGGAGAUGGUGGUGGCUGUUUGGGAAAUCACCACCGGAGCUACUCUUUUUCCCGAGGUUUAUCAAGUUUGGUUCGAUUUCGGUCACGAUCAGGUUUUCACCUACAUGCUGCUUGCAGCAAACGUAGCAGGAUCGACAUUCGUAAAGACAUUAAAAGGAACAGACACGUGUACGGUCACAAGUGCAUUCUGUGUGCAAUCCGCCAUAUCUGUAGCCCUUGGAUUUGCUGGAUUUCUCUUCAUUGCCUUAUCCACCGCGAUGUCUGGUUUUCGAGUUGUCUGCUUUAUGCUCAACGGCACUCGCUUUCAUCUUUAAUUCUUAUUCUUUUCCUACAUUUUAAUACUUGUUACUUAUUUAUAUCAAUCAUUACUCCCUUAAUUUCAAAAUAUAAGGCAAUUUACACUCCAUGAUUCUAAAUUUGAUCUCAAAAUUUUCAUAAAAUUGUAUCCAUAAACUUGAAUUUGUGCAACGAGUAUGAUAAUUUCGGAAUUUAACCUUUUUAUUAGUGUAUCUCUGAGUAGAAGUAUGAUUAAAUUCGAUCUGUGUAAAUAACUUAUAUAAUGAAAAAUAAGGGAGUAAAUAAUAUUGUGUAUGCUUUUUUAAGAUUAGAUUAGAAUAGAAUUUAGUGGUGAGACAAAUGAUUCUGUUCACUUUUUCUUUCUAUCUUUAGUACAAGUAUCUUUUUUGGGAGAAGAAUGAAGAGUGGGUUGUGUUUGUUUUCCUUGUA